AUGUCCGAGCUGCCGCAACGCAAGGCCGCGUCGACAGCUCCACGGAAGUGGCACACCAAGUCCCGGACUGGGUGCCAGGCGUGUAAGGCGAGAAAGGUCAAGUGUGAUGAACAUCAUCCUUCCUGCCGCAACUGCCUCAAGCGCAAUGUAAAAUGCGAUUUCCUCCUGGGUGAUGACAGCUCGUCGUCCUCAUCGCCCCCGGCGGCCGCUCCAGCCAACCUCGAGCUCGAGCUUCUGCAUAACUGGACUGUCUCUACCUCCACCACAUUCGCUACUGAGCCUCAGGUCCGUGAUCUCUGGCGUGUCCUCGUACCGCAGAUUGGCUUCCACACACGGUACAUCCUGGAUGGCAUCCUUGCCCUCUCCGCCCUUCAUGUAGCCCGGUUCGAUCCGGCAAGGAGGGAUCUCCUCCUCGCCCAGGCAACCGAGUACCACACCGCAUCCCUCAAGGGCGCCCUACCGCUCAUCCCCACCGUCACCAGCCAGAACUGCACCAACCUCUUCCUCUUCGGCGUCAUCACCCUCUUCACCAACCUUGCCAGCCCUCGCAGGGAGGAGGACAUGCUCCUCGUCGGCAACAGCGGCAUCCCCCAAUGGCUCUUCCUCCUCCGCGGCAUCGACACCCUCGUCGCAGCUGAGGAGCAAGCCAUCCUCUCCUCCGCCGUCUCCCUCAUCUUCCGCUCCACCGCCGAAUCCGCCGAGUUCUGGUGCACCCACUCCCCGGACGAGAACAGCGUCCUCGCGGAGCUCCAGGCCGGCAUCCGCUCCCGCACCGCCUCGUCUGGGGACAAGGCCCGCCGGGACACCCUGCUCGAGGCCGUCGAGACGAUGAAGCGGAGCUACACCUUCCUGGAGAGCAACAAGUUCGCCGACGACCAGAAGCUGCGUGGCUUCUACAACUGGCUGUUCAUGGUGAGCGACGACUACCUCAAGCUCCUCAAGGACGGCGAUGUCGAGGCCCUCUGCGUCUUUGCCUUUUACACGGUCCUGAUCCGUGACCUGGAGAAGUACUGGUGGGUGGAGGGCUGGAGCAUCCACCUGAUCAAGAGGAUAUACUACCUGCUCGAUGAGGAGUAUAGGCUCUAUAUCAGGUGGCCCAUUGAGCAGGUUGGAUGGGUGCCCCAGACUCGGGCACGAUAA